GACAAAAACAAAAGAAAAUUCCCUUUCAUAUAAUCAUCUUUUUUUCUAAGCUUUAUGCCUAGAGAUUCUUAAUCACAUCACAAUCACAGUCAUAUGAAUUUGCUUUUCCUAAGUGGAGAUUUGAUUAAAAUAUAAAACAAUCUUAUGGCAUAUAUUAUAUUUAUAUCAAUUUGAUUUUAUGGCAUAUGUUAGUAUGUGAUUCCAAUUGUUCUUUUGCAAAAAUAAUUGGUAAAUUUGACUUCUUUGUAAUGUAACCUUAUAGCUUGUGCGUGUUAAUUGGUAAAGUAACACAUGAAGAUUCACUACCAAUAAGUCUAGUGACCACAAUUUUUGAGUGAUGUUUUGUUCACUACAAUGUUACAAACUGAUAUGUCACUGAUCGCAAAAAAAGUAACUUAGAUAUUCAUUUAUUAUGUUGUUAAAGUGGCAACAAUCAGCUAAUUGCCUUGAAACUCAACUGGCACCUAUUGGUGUUUCCAACUGAGACGUUCAAGGUUCAAAUCCCCCAUCAACUAUUGAAUUAUAAAAAUGCAACAAUUACAUUUAUUGUAAUAUCAGUUUGUAAGCUUUUUGUAGUAACUUUAGCAUUUUCCAAAAAAAUACAACAAUUUUUUUAAAAAUUGUUGAGGCAUGGUGCAAGUGGUGGGCCAAUGUGAAACUGAUGUUGCACCAAUCACAAUUGCCAGUUCAGAAAGUUUUUAAAUUUUUUUGGUGUGUCUCUAGCAUUGCUCAAUCACUACUGAUUGUAAAGUAAAAUAAAAAAAUCAUGAUGAACGUGAACUUUCAGAUUUUACCUUUCAAGAAUCUGCUACAGCUCAAUGAUUUGGACCCUCAAUGCUUAUAAAUAGAGAGGCUUUUCUUCUAUUCCUUGUGGUGUUUGAAACGCUGUUUGCUGGUGUUACAUGAAAAGCUGCUGCUAUGGCAUCUUCAAAGGCUACCAGCUCUACCCAGGUUCCUCGGGCUCAUCAUUUUGAGCUUGUGGAAGGGAUGCAACUUCAGAUUAAUGUGACUGGAUCUUCAAGUGGACGAAAUGCUAGAAUUGAACUUCAACUUAAGAACUGUACAACAACUUGGAUACUCCAUUGGGGUUAUCUUUACCGUGGAAAUAUAAACUGGUUCAUUGCUGUGGAUCAUCCUUCAGGGACAAUGCCUUACAUGCAAGGUGCAAUGCAGACACCAUUUAGGAAGAAUGGAGAAGUAUAUUUAUUAAUCAUUGAGUUGCGGGACCCUAACAUACAUGCUAUUGAAUUUGUUUUGAAAGAUGGCAGUCGGGAUAGAUGGUUGAAAUUAAACCAUGGGAAUUUUCAGAUAGAGAUACCUGAGAAUGAUCCUACUCCUUCUCAUCCCCCUAUUCCAAAGGAUCUUAUAGAUCGCAAGGCGUAUUUACUAUGGGAAAGCAGGGGUAGGCCAAUAAGCUCACCACUGCAACAAAAGAAAGAUUAUGAUGAUGCUUUGAGAGAGUUCCAAAGUCAGCUGUCCAAGGGCUUAUCCUUGAAUGAGCUGCAGAGUAGUUAUCUAACUGCCGGUGCCAGUACUAGAUUUACGACUAAUAAUAGAGAAGAAUUUAGGAGUCGUAUUCCAUACUCUUACCGAACGAGACAUAAUGUUGAGCAAUGGUUGCAAAAGCACUCUGAGGGACACAUGAGGGUGCAGUCAUCAGCGUUGUUGAAUCUUAUAGAGAAAUCCAUGGGAGGAGAUAUUGUGGUCUCACGGCAAAGUUAUCAUGUUGGAAACUAUGAAAUUGUGGUCCUUCUAAAAGUUGUUUGGGGUGACUAUCACAUUUUGGUCGCUACAAACAUGAAAGGUUCUGCAGUGCUUCACUGGGGCGUAUCAAAGUUGUCCCCUGAGGAAUGGUUGGCCCCCCCACCAGAUAUGUUACCUGAAAAAUCAAAGAUGGUUUCUGGAGCAUGUCAAACUUAUUUUACAGAGACACCAACUGGAAAAGGAUUCUUUCAGAUUGAUGGGGAUGGGGAAGGAAUUGUCAGAUGGUUACUCGAUGAAAUAUUUAGAAGAGAAAAAGAGGCUGAGAGGUCAUUGAUGCACAGGUUCAACAUUGCAACAGAGUUGAUGGAGCUUUGUAAAGCUGAAGGAGAACUUGGGCUUAUUGGUAUAUUAGUCUGGUUUAGAUUCAUGGCAUGCAGGCAUCUCACAUGGAACAAGAAUUAUAAUGUUAAGCCUCGUGAAAUCAGUGAAGCUCAAGAUAAGUUUACCAAUAUACUACAGAGAAUAUAUUUGAACCAGCCAAAUGAUCGGGAAAUUGUGAGACUUGUAAUGACAUGUGUUGGUCGUGGAGGUCAGGGUGAUGUUGGGCAGAGAAUCCGUGAUGAAAUACUUGUGCUUCAGAGAAAUAAUGACUGCAAGACUGGAAUGAUGGAGGAAUGGCACCAAAAGUUACACAAUAAUAGUAGCCCAGAUGAUGUGAUCAUUUGUGAGGCACUCUUAAAUUAUGUGAGAAGUGGUUUUAGAAUUGAUGUUUAUUGGCAAACAUUAAAUGCACAUGGUCUCACCAAAAAAAAGCUUGCAAGCUAUGACCGUCCAAUUGUGUCAGAACCUCACUUCAGGACUGAUGCUAAGGAGGGACUCAUCCGUGAUCUUACAGCGUACUUGAGGACAUUAAAGGCUGUUCAUUCAGGUGUUGACCUUGAAUCCGCAAUUGAAACUUGUUUGGGUUCCUCUGUCAAGGGUUCAGUAGAUUCUGUUGGUGGUUUGUCACUAAAGUUGCAGGACUGCCUGAAUUUUGUCAAAGCACAUGUUGGUGAUGAAAAUAUUGGACCACUUAUGGAGAAGUUACUGGAAUCUCGCAUUGAGCUUCAUUCCCGUCUGCUCACUUCUCAUGGAAGAUUAAAAGAUUUACUUUUCCUUGAUCUUGCUUUAGCGUCAGCUGUUAGAACAAGCAUGGAAAGGGGAUUCAAGGAUCUAAACUUUGCACAUCCACCAGAGCCAAUGUUCUUCAUGUCCUUAGUACUUGAAAGUUUAUGUCUGUCAACAGUCAACAAUGAAGAUUUUAUCUACUGCACUAAGGAUUGGUACCGAGUGUGUGAACUAUACACUAAUGAUGGUCAGUGGGCAUUACAAACAAAGGCUGUCCUUGAUCGACUACAACUAAUUCUUUCUGAAAGGUCUCAGAAUUACCAGAAAAAGAUCCAGCCUAGUGCAGAAUACCUUGGUAAUAUGCUAGGUGUCGAGAAAUGGGCGAUAGAUAUUUUCACGGAGGAGUUAGUAAGGGCAGGAUCAGCUGCUAUUCUGUCUUCUCUCAUCAAGCAUUUUGACCCCAUUGUUAGAAAAUUUGCAAAUGUGGGCUGUUGGCAGGUUAUCAGCCCUGUGGAAGUAUGUGGUUUUAUAGUUUCUGUUAAUGAGUUAAUUACUACUCAGAGCAAAGUUUAUAGAAGACCAACCAUUAUAGUUGCGAGCAGAGUAACAGGGAAUGAGGAGAUUCCAGAUGGGGUUGUUGCUGUGCUGACCCCUGAUAUGCCAGAUGUUCUGUCUCAUGUUGCUAUUAGAGCAAGAAAUUCCAAGGUAUGUUUUGCCACAUGCUUUGAUCCGAAUAUUCUUAGAGAUCUCAAAUUGAAAGAGGGCAAAGCAGUAUCAAUACGUCUGAAGUCAACAAAUUUAGUUAUCAGUGACAUCAGUAGCUUCAAUGUUUCUCAAGAUUCUUUUGUUUCUUUCUCCAUUCCUCGAGGAAUCUCCCUUAAAAGGAAACCUUUCUGUGGUAAAUAUGCUGUUUCAGUUGAGGAGUUCACUAGCGAGAUGGUUGGUGCAAAAUCUUGCAAUACCAAAUUUUUGAGAGGAAGGGUGCCAUCAUGGAUUAAAAUUCCAAUGUCAGUUGCCCUACCAUUUGGAGCCUUUGAGACUGUUCUAUCAGAAGAUGUCAAUAAGGAUAUAGCAAAUAAGAUUGCUCAGUCCAUGAAAUUUGUACAUCACGGUGACCUUUCAAAACUUCAAGCAGUACGGGAAUCUGUUCUACAAAUGAAUGCUCCUUUAUCUUUGACCUAUGAACUUAAGAGCAAAAUGAGAAGUUCAAGAAUGCCAUGGCCUGGUGAUGAAGGCGAGGAGAGGUGGCAUUAUGCUUGGCAAGCAAUAAAGAAGGUUUGGGCUUCAAAGUGGAAUGAAAGAGCAUAUGUUAGUUGCAAGAAAGCUAAGUUGGAUCAUGGAAAUCUGUGCAUGGCUGUAUUGGUUCAAGAAAUUAUAUGUGCCGAUUAUGCUUUUGUGAUACACACAAAGAACCCCUUAUCAGGAGACACCUCAGAGAUUUAUACUGAGAUUGUGAAGGGCCUGGGAGAGACUUUGGUGGGUGCAUAUCCUGGACGCGCCAUGAGCUUCAUUACCAAGAAGUCCAAUCUAAUGUCUCCCAUUGUCAUUGGCUACCCAAGCAAGUUAAAAGGGUUAUAUAGUAAGCAGUCUGUUAUAUUCAGAUCAGACUCGAAUGGUGAGGACCUGGAAGGAUAUGCAGGUGCUGGGCUUUAUGACAGCAUAGUAAUGGAUAAAGAGGAGGAAGUUGUGUUAGACUACUCCAAGGAUCGGUUGGUAGUUGAUAAAACUUUCCAAGUCUCACUUUUCUCAAAAAUUGCAGAGGCAGGAAAAAUCAUAGAAGGCCUUUAUGGUCGUCCUCAGGACAUUGAAGGGGUGGUAAAAGAUGGAAUAAUAUAUGUGGUUCAGACAAGGCCACAAAUCUAGGUUUAGUAAAUGAACAUGAUGUUUCAAUCUAUUUGUCUUGAAAUUUUUUAGAUAAAAUUUUCAUCCCACUGAUAUAAUAAAUAUUUCAAGUUC